CCUACCAAUCUCUGAAAAAACAAUUCCUUUAAUUAGAAAUUCUGUGAGACUGUUCUUUCCUUAGUUUUGACUUUAAUGUCCAAGAAAGAUGGCAUCACCUUUCUUGACCAUGAAAAUUUAGAUCUCUAUCAUUGUUUAGAAAUGUGAUGAGUGUGAAGACCACUUUGAAUAUCCUCAAGUCAUCAGUUUAGCUUUUUUCUUACGGAUCACAGCACUGACUUUGUCAACUGAUAAAAACAACUAGAAAAUGCUUUAACGAUAUGGCACAAACCAUGAACAUCAGAAUUCAUUAGUCCUUCUUCUAUAACCUCCCUUUAUUAACAUGUCAUUGUAAAAGAAGAAUAAGAAGGGAAUGGGGGUAAUGGAUCUAGGCUCAAAACAAAUACCUCACCUUUGCCUCUCUCCAUGGUUUUUCUUGGCAUGUAUGCUGUACAUUCUUAAUACUUCUAAGACACUAAAAACUCAUUAAUUUAAGCAUAUUUAAUUCAGAUUCAGUUCUAAUUCAGAUAUAAUGCUUGACUCUCAAGAGUUCAAAACACAACUAAAAAUGCAAAUAUUUGAAAUUAGUGCUAUACUGAGAGCUCUCCAAAACUUAAAUAUUAAGACACAUAUUUUUCUUACUAAGACCUGACUCCCAAUAUAUAUUUCUUAAGGUAACUAAAGGGAAUACUUAUUUUUGUUUGAGGAAAAAAUAUUUUGUAAGCUAAAACUUUUAUUAACACAGUACCCUAUUACAUGACUUCUUCCUCUUACUCCAAAAUAAUGGGGCUUAAUUUUUUGAAGCAGUCUUUCCAGUAAUAAAGGCGGACAAAUUUGCUUCCUUUUGCAAGUAGACACUUUUUAAAGAUAAGGAAGGGAAGAUUUUGUCAGACCAGUUUAUUACAGUUAAUGUCUCUUUCACCAAGCGUCCAAUUGCCCCGAAAGCCAGAUGUUUCAGAAAGCCAGAUGUUUCAUAGCUGUUCUGGUGGCAAUUAUUUCAAGACAGCGGUGUCAAAGGCUCUGAUUUUUAGCUUCCUCAUCUAAAAAAUGGGGACAUCAAUUACUUUAUAACAAAGCUAUGAUGAUACAGUGAGAUUACAAAUAAAAUAUCCUGUGAUGUUUGCCUCACUACUUAACUAAAAUCUUUAUAAUGGAUCCAUAUUCCUGGCCUAGCUACCAUACACCCUGUCAAGUGGUUUCCUUCUAGGAAAAACUGGCGAUGGGGCGGUUAGGGGGAUGGGAGAGCAGCAGGGAGUAGGAGGUAGGGAAGGAGGAAAACAAGCAAAAUCAGUACAAAUACAAGCUCUCCCAUCUUUGAUUUCCUGCGUUUUUUGUGCUUUCCUUUCUCAAGUUUCCUCAGGCUCAUGUUCUGAAUCUCCUCCCCCACAAAUGAAACACAACGGAUACGAAUUACAGAGAAUUUCACGGAAGACACUGGAGCUUAAGUCUGCACAGAUUAGUUUUUUGUCUACAAGCGGAGGCGACUGGAAAAUCAAGCCAAACAACCGCUGGGGAACUCUAAACAGCCAAAGAACCUUCAACGGGAUAGGAUCCAGGUCCACCAAAGGAGGCAACACCAGCAACUGACGAAACCAUAGCGACGGUUGAUCGACCAUGACUCGAGAUACAAGACGUCAAACCUAAGGCUACCAAUCAACGUGCAUAAGAAGCGGCCCCAACCGACCCGGGCGAUGCCAACCGCGUAACCACUGGUCGCCGCGCCACCCCAGGCCCAGGAAUAGCCCAGUCCGCAACCGGGAGACCUCAACCGGGGAGAGGAGGAGCGGGGCAAAGGGGCUGGGUGUCCCCCAAGCCGCUGCGCGGGCUGUGGAAGGUACGAAAGAGUGCUGGAACUUCUUUGUUGGAGAAAUGUCUUCAGAGUCAGAAAAGGAUAAAGAGAGACUGAUUCAAGCUGCCAAAAUGUUCUUCUUUCAUGUACAAGAUCUUGCUUCUGUCACAAACACCCUGACUGAAUUGUUUAACCGCAGUAUGAAUACUCAAAUCCUUUUGAUGGCUGUGAAAAACAAUAGUAACAUUAAGGAUUUUUUUGAGCAAAUGCUCAAAAUUUUUAAGGAGAUGCAAUCUGUAGUGGAUGCAAGACAUGACAAAAUUCAAAAGGAGUCUUUAUGUUCCAAGGUUGCAAUGGCCAUGUGCUCUGUGGUUCAGAAGAGUACCAAUGUAGAGGAGUUGCAUCAGUCAGCUAAAGAAGUAUUCAAAAGUGCCUAUACACCAGUCAUCAUCUCUGUGCUAAACAGCAGUAACAUCCUUGGGAGACUGGAAUCUUCUCUUUUACACUUGAUGAAAUUCCCCAUCAUGAAUCUUCAAUUAAGUGACUUCUAUACAGAAGACACCAAAGAGCAAUCAGAUGUCACCACAUCUGAGAGAAGCAGGAGUCCAGGUUCUUCCAAAACCACUAUGAUAGACACCUUGAAAAAACUGCAGGAUGUACUAAAAACUGAGGAUUCCAGAAAUCCCACAAAGUCAGCAGCAGAUUUGUUGGAACAAAUUGUCAAGGCUAUGGGACCAAUCUUAGAGAUUCUCCAAAAAGCCAUAAAGACUAUGGAAAUGAAUAUUUCUGUGUUUAAGAAAGCCAGUGACAAGUAGGGAUGCAACAGAAAUGUUCAUUUCUGUCAGAAAACUAUUUAAAAUGUUAUGGUUUUUCAUAGUGAUUUCUAAGAUCUUUUGGUGCCAAACAUGUGCUAUGUUAGAACAUAAGUACACAAAAGUCAUCUGGCAAAACAUUUACCUGUAGUUUUGCUUUAUUAAAAUAAAAAGAAAUAAUUAAGAAAGCCUGUUUGAAAUGUCAGUCACUAAGAAGAAUAUAUUGUUGAAAAAAACAAAGUGGUAUUACAUUUGAGGAUGUUUCUAAAUAUUGUGUUUCAUCUUAAAGCAUAAUUAAAACAACCCUAAAGUAGUUCCCACUCUUAACUAUUCUAUUUCCAGUGAGAAAUCCAGGUAAACUGUAAAUAUCAUUAGAUAGACAAUCUAGGCCUGGGAAACAAAAUAAACUCAACUUUUGUCACUCAUAUACCAAUUUCUAUAUACUUCAGUACCUUGACAAUCAGAAGCCAUCACUAAAUAUUUUAAAUAUGAUUCAUAAGUGAGAACAGUGAAUGAGCAAUAAUAGACUUUUCUUGCUUAUGUGAGUAAGACCAGAGCAGAUAGUUCAUUCUCACUUGUCUCGUGAGGUCUUAUGAUUAGAAAAUACUAGAGGUGGAAAAAUGGAAGUACUCUAGCCUUUCACAAAGAAAAGACUUUCACAAGGAAAACACUUGCAGAAGUAGGAUAUCUGAGAGGUGCUUGUAUUUAAAGAAAUGAGAUAGGGCAGUCUCUUUGUCUACCAUAAGUCUUUGGUUCUCAUGCAUUGUAAAUGAGUGUGUACUCCUAAGAUUGGCCUUGAAGUUAACUAUUUCACAUGAUACCUGAUAGAACUCUGUUGAGAAUAGGAAAAGCAAUAAUAACUCCAAGCCAAAGCCAUCAUUGUAAUUACUAUUGUCAUUUAAAAUAAGGAAUCCCUUCUCCAUCCUCAGAUAAUUUCAAAAUGUUUGGUAGGGAGGGUCAAGUGGAUUUUGACCAUUACCAGAGCUUGGAGGUCCUGGAAAAAAUGAUGAGUUUCAAUACAUUAACUCUCAUUUUCUCUCCACAGCAAAGCUGAAACCUUGCUUAUUUGUAAUAGGUUUCUAUUAAGAACUCUAUUAUUUUGAAGAGGAUGUUAAAUUGAUUCAUUUGCUACCAUACACAUACACAUACACAUACACACACACACACACACACACACACACAGAGGGUGAGGGUGAGGGAGAGGAGAAGGGAGACAGGACUGUCACUUUGCUACUUUUUCUGGACCUGUAUGUGUCUAGGGUUUCAAUCUCCUUUUAGUCUUAGGAUUAUGUUUCAGAAUGUUGGAUGCAACAGCUAGGGGGAUUCAUAUGGAAAUGAAUGAGACAAGGACCAAGACAAGUCUUGGUGUAGAGUCUUUCUGUAAAGUGACUGGAAGAAUCGCUGGUGGCAGUUCACAGGAAGUCCUUGCCAGAUGCCAAUGGGAAUGACAACCAGGGUGUUAGAGAUUGGAAGUGCCCACUUCAAUAAAGAUGAGUGGUCUUCCAGUGCUGGUGGCUAUUGUUAGGCUGGUGAUCUCUUACAGUGUUUCACAUUUUCCCACCACUGGGUACCACCAGUCUGACCACUCUAAUGACAUCAUGUCUGCUGCUGCCUCCUGGCUUCUGGAAAUACUGAGGAAAAGCUGUAUUUUUUUCUCAAACCUAUUACUCACAUUUAAUGUUUCUCUCAAAUACUUUGGUUUUGGGUUCCUCUCAUUUUCUCUAAUAUCCUUCAGUUUUUGAAGAACAAAGUGGGGUGUGUUUCUAUACUAUGCCUUGUCUCAUUCCUCUUCUAGGCUGUGAGCAUGGGAUGGCCUAGCUGUUUGAAUGAAUCAUCAGUAGGGAGGAAAAAGUGAACUGCCACACAAUACAACACAUGAUCAUUUACUAUUAAAAAAAUGAAAUACUAUUAUACUUGUAAUUUUUUUUCUUAUUAGUCGCCAGUGUUUGCUGCAUCUUGGUAUUUCUGAAAGCACCUAAUUCAAUAAAUGCUUGUUGAAUUUUACCA